GUCCGAGCGUGACUGUCAAAUCUACAUAUUCUCUCUCUCUCUCUCUCUCUCUCUGUGAAGGAUUGGAAACUCUCUCUCUCUCUCUCUCUCUCUCUCAGAAUUCAGAGGGCUUUGUUCCGGAGAUUCGGAUUGAAUCGGCGAUCUUUCCCACUGCUCCUCGGGAAUCCCUCGUCUCCCUCUUUCAAUCUGUGUCUUCUCCCAGAAUAUAAUGUUCCAGAUUUUCAAGGACUGGUUUUGAUUCGAUAGAAUUUUUCUGACUCUCAAAAGAAUGGAGGGUGACACAUUUUCAGGACUUGGUAAUGGCACCCAGAUUGAUGGCAAGAUCUUGCAGACAUUUCAGAAGAACUUUGUUCAAGUCCAGCAUAUCUUGGAUCAGAACAGGGUCCUCAUCAAUGAGAUAAACCAGAACCAUGAGUCCAAGAUCCCUGACAACCUCAGCAGGAAUGUGGGUCUGAUCAGGGAGCUCAACAACAACAUCAGGAGGGUGGUUGACCUCUAUGCAGACCUUUCCAGUUCCUUUACCAAAUCCGUGGAAGCUUCCUCCGAGGGGGAUUCUAGUGGUGCUUUGAAAUCAGAUGGCAAAGCUGGCCACAAGCGAAAUAGGCCUGCGUAGAAAAUUUGAGUUCGAAAUUCUUUUGCAUGGUGGGAGACAAGAAUUUCACAAUUCGUAUUGAGGUGGUAGAGCAUGAUUAGAUUAUGUAACUCUCUUGUAUCAGUGAACUGUCUAGUUCUUCACUUACAUUUCGUAGAGAAAAUAAUGAAUUUUCCAGAAGUUCUACUUGGCCUCCUUGUAACUCAGUGUAACUGUGGAUCACUGGAUCUAAUUUGAGAGUACCGAGCAUGUAUGUGCCAUCUAUUUUCUUCUUCUGGUCCUGUUCUUGAAAAUGGGUAAUAAAAAGGUUUUUUUUUUUUGAACC